GUGACGUGUCUCUGAGUGUGAAGGGUGCAAAAUCUCAACAUAAAUAAUAGUACACCUUCGCUUACAAGAUGGCGUACCAAACGUUUCACGCAGAGUACAUGCAAAUGCCUAUCGUUACACGGGCUUACACUACGGCAUGUGUACUAACCACCCUAGCCGUCCAACUCGACGUCAUAACACCAUUUCAACUUUAUUUCAAUCCAGAGCUUAUCUUUCAGAGAUACCAGAUUUGGAGACUUGUCACAAAUUUCCUCUUCUUCGGCACAAUAGGUUUUAACUUCUUUUUCAACAUGAUUUUCACAUACCGUUAUUGUCGGAUGCUAGAGGAGGGUUCUUUCAGAGGUCGCACAGCUGAUUUUGUAUUGAUGUUUAUUUUUGGCGGGGCACUCAUGACUAUUCUGGCCUUGUUUGUGAAUUUGGUAUUUUUGGGACAAGCUUUCACCAUCAUGCUGGUGUAUAUAUGGAGCAGAAGGAACCCCUAUGUCAGGAUGAAUUUCUUUGGCCUUCUCACCUUCAAGGCCCCCUUCCUACCAUGGGUUCUGUUUGGAUUCUCACUGAUGCUCGGCAAUUCAGUCAUGGUCGACCUUAUAGGUAUUGCAGUUGGUCAUGUGUACUUUUUCUUGGAAGACAUAUUCCCAGAACAGCCUGGUGGAUUCAGAAUCCUCAAGACACCUGGAUUCCUGAAAGCAUUAUUUGAUGGCCAUCAGGACGACCCUAAUUACCAGCCCCUCCCUGAGGAUAGACCAGGUGGCUUUAACUGGGGAGAGGGCCAGGAAGUUGGUCCCGAAAGAGCCGAUGACCAGUAAAUUACACUCGGACAGACACACAGUUUGAUUUCAAUGCAAUGCUGACUACAGAACAUGCUUUAAGAGUAUUCAGAUAAUUUAUAUGCUCAUUAGAUUGAUAUUUCUUAAGCUUGUAAAUACAGAAAUUGAAGAAUAAAAUAUAGAAUAGAGUAUAAAAACUCACUUAAAGCUAAGGCUCUCUGUAAUAUUUGGCUAUGUAGCUCUUUAUUUGUGCAACGCAAAUUAGUUGUAAAAAGAGGAAGUGCUAUAAUUAGAUAGAGACUGAAACUAAUUACCAAAUGCUGAGUGCGUACUCAGUUUACGAUGUACAAUGUUUAUCUUUGUGGAGUGGUAGAACUAUAAAGGCCACAGAAAGUUGUAGAAAAACCUAGGGGUCUAAGCAGAUGUUGUGAAAGCAGGGAAAUUCAGAAUUAAUGCAGGAGUUUAUAUGUUGUAUUUGCCUUCCUGAAAAGUGUAGAUUUGCAUUUCAUUGGAUCCAAAAAAUAAUGCUUAAAAAAAAAAACGUGCAGAUGAGCCUUGAGCUCUUGGGGCAUCGUUAUAUGCUUAAAUCUCUUCCCAGUUAGGUGUACAACAACUUUGAUCCUGUGUUUAUUUAUUUCUGUAUCUUUGAGAAAGUAUGACCCCCUUAAACUUACAGGUUCAAAAUAGUCCGAGUAUUUAAAACACAAAGCAUACUAUACUCAGACAAAGAAGUACUGUAAAAAAAGUAGAACAAAAUAAAGGUAAGACAUGA